CACGCCCUCUUUCCUUCCUGGCCGGACGGACGCACUUCCGGCGGAUAUGGGGGGCUCGGCCCCGGAAACGGAAGUGAGCAGCUUGGCCGGCUGACUGUAGCGGGUUUAGAGGUUUGUGCCGAGCGAUUUCCAAGAUGAAUGCCAGAGGACUAGGGUCGCAGCUGAAGGACAGCAUUCCAGUUACGGAGCUCUCAGCCAGCAGGUCCUUCGAGAGUCACGAUCUUCUCCGGAAAGGGUUUUCUUGUUUGAAAAAUGAACUUCUGCCCAGCCAUCCUCUUGAAUUAUCAGAAAAAAAUUUCCAGCUCAACCAAGACAAGAUGAACUUUUCCACCCUGAGGAACAUCCAGGGACUGUUUGCUCCCCUGAAGUUACAGAUGGAAUUCAAGGCGGUGCAGCAGGUUCAGCGUCUUCCAUUCCUUCCAAGCUCAAACCUGUCGCUGGAUAUUCUGCGGGGCAAUGAUGAGACCAUUGGUUUUGAGGAUAUUCUUAAUGAUCCGUCACAGAGUGAGCUGAUGGGCGAGCCACACCUGAUGGUGGAACACAAGCUGGGCUUGCUGUGAUGCAGGUGCCGCGCAGGAACACAGAAGUGCACCUGUAGCUGCCUCCGCUACAGUCUGGCAUACACAACAUUAAAGUACUGACGAGACCGCUUGGUCACUUGGAA